GUCCCCGCAGAAAUCCCAGUGUCAGCCAUUACUUUGGAUCUCAGCCACAACCGGAUUGAUCAGUUAACAGAGGCCGUCUUCGAAGGACUUUCUCGACUGGAGAUGGUACGGUUGGCUCACAACCAGCUGAGCACUAUUCACCUAGGGGCGUUUCAAAACACCUCUGGAGCACUGCUCCGACACCUGGACCUGUCGUCCAAUCAGCUACAUGUUUUGAAGCAGCAUUACUUCCAGGAGUUGUCGGGAUUGGAGGAGCUGCUGCUGUUUGACAACAGGAUCGUUCGGGUGGAGAGCAAUGCUCUUGCUGGGCUGGGUAACCUGCGUAAGGCCUACCUCAGUCAUAACCGUCUCACUCACUUUCCCUUCUUCACCAUCCAAGAGCACAGCCACCCUAACCUGAUCAUGCUGGACUUGUCCUCAAACCACCUCCUCAAACUGCCCCUGGAUGAAAUAGCCAAUUUACCCAUUCCUGUCCAGAAAGGACUGUACCUCCACAACAACUCUCUGGAGUGUGAGUGUUCGAUGUAUGGACUGUUCAGGCGCUGGGAGCAGAGAGGAUACGCCUCCGUGAGACACUUCAGACAAGAGCACACCUGUCGGGUCUAUGGAAUCCAAAAAGGUACCGUCCGCUUCUUCCAGCACGACCGAUACUUUGAAAAAUGCAACCUGACAGCCAUGAGUCAGCCGCUCAGUGACCAGGAGAGCAUCAUCUCAGUGAGGGUGGGAAAGGCGGUGCUGCUGCACUGUGUGACCACGCUCAGUGGACACAGUGUCACCUUUCUCUGGGUGUCACCAAAUCAGGAGUACGUGGCUCCGCCGGGGAACAACGGAUCGUUAAAGAUGUUCACCAAUGGGAGCUUGGAGAUCGUGGCUGCGCGUGCAGAGGAUUCUGGUGUGUACUGGUGUAUGGCCCUGGACCAGCAGCAGCAGCGAAACGAAACCCGCGAGAUCAACGUUACAGUGGUGCUGCACCGUGGGAGCGAGUCUCAUGAGUCCUUCAACACUGGGUUCACCACCCUGCUGGGCUGCGUGGUGAGCCUGGUGCUCGUUCUCAUGUACCUCUACCUGACACCCUGCCGCUGCCCUCCCUGCACGAAAGCCCUGACCCCAGCUGGCCAGAAGACCGGGAACGAGGCUGUGGCAGGAAGUGGCCAAUCCUCCAUCCUCACCCCAACUCCACCAACAACCACCGAGGGCCCAGGCCACAAGGUCAGUACCAACAAGCAUGUGGUCUUUCUGGAGCCUAUCAGAGAGCAGCAGAAUGGCAGACUAAGGGUGGGGCCAGGAUCUGGGGCGGGGCAAGGACACGUGGGUCCAGGUUUACUUCUAGGGCCAGAGCCACAUCCAAAGCUCCACGGCCAAUCACAGCAGAGGGCGCAGGAGACGGACUCCAUCAUGUCCGUGUUCUCAGACACGCCCAUCAUGUUGCCAUAGAAACGGGACAAACAAUCACCACUUCUCACCAUCCUCUGCCUCACUCCCUCCCCCCACUGCACCACCACUUCACCUGAGCAGGAAACUAGAUGACAGCUGUCGCUGCAAGUGCAAUUUGAACACCUUGAACAGUGUUGACCAAAUGUGCACGUUAUUGUUUGACCAGGUCUGUGGCCCCUGAUGACCAACAACACACUGUGAUGGGACAGACUCUCAGGCAGAAGUAAACGAUACCAAAGACAGUAAAAGGAUUUUUAAGUCGAGGCUGAGAGACGGAGAGCAGACACUCAUUAUGGGUGAGGGGGGUGAGGAGCACCUUUAGCAUGGACUGCUAGUGAAAAGCAGAGGGCUGUCCCUUUACGCACGGCUUUACCUUUAACAAACAUUCGCUACAGAUGCCUUCUAGUCUCACAAAGACAAGUAGAGAAUUCUUUUUCUAGAGCUUUUUAGCAUCUCCUGGUUUUUCCGUUUUAGUUGAUUAGAGCUGAUGUGAGCGCCGCGCUGUCACAGUGUCAAACGUUUCAGAGCAGAUGACCUCCAGAACAAGAGCUUUUAGUCAUAAAAAUAGAAACAGUUUGAAAGGGUAGGUUUGAUUCUGUCUCCCCCCCGUAGCUUGAUCAUCAGGAGAACAAACAGGAAGGAAAGGGAUAAAUAAAUAAAGCUGCGGAGCAUCAGUUGAAGUUAUUAAUGUAGGAGGAGAAGAGUCUGUGUUCGGUGAGUUCAUGUGAAGUUUAUCUGUUGGAUGUUUUUGUUUCUGAGUCUGAGACGAUUAAAGUGAAAGUAAAUGGACAGACGGGACAAUCGUGGCCGACGUGAUCUUUUUGUUUUCACUGUCUUCA